AUGUUCAAGGCACUGCAGCGGCGGGUGCUGGCACCUUCAUUGGUCCUAGUGGAGUCGCGGCGUUGCUUGUGCACCACACGCUGCACACGGGAUAAGCCGGACAGGCCUGCAGUGGAUCAAGAAGACAAAGAUGAGCUGGAGCGAGAACGGCAGCUGCGUGAACGCUUCUCGCAAAAGAUCGAAGGAGCCAUGCCGCAGUACGCGCAGCAGGGUCCUGGCAAUUGUAGCAGUGGGACAUGCGGUCCUCAAGCGACAUCCUCGUCCGUGAUGUUUUUCCGGUUCAUGUUUUUCUUGACCUCACUGUUCCUCCUUCUGGGCAUCUCACAGCUCACCGACGCAAAUUCUCCCUUUAACCUCAUGCAGAACAUGCCUUGGUGGCAGCUGCCCAUAUCCUCCGUUUCGUACUUUACACUUAUGCGGGCUUUGCUGCCGUACAGAGAGCAGCGGCGGAUAAAGGAGGAGUACGAGGCUGCCUCCAGGCUCAACCCGUCACUCACGCUGGAUCAGUUCUUUGCCCAGCGCUACCCCACCAUGUUUCAGGGCUACCACACGCAACAGCAGGAGGUUGUGGCGGCCGUCUCCGCCUGCCUCUCCUCAGCGAAUGACUUGAAUUUUUUUCGAUCCAUUUCGCGCGCCGCGGGGUCAGCCAGAGACAUAAGGGCCUCUGUCGACAACAUAAUAGAUACUCUGAGGCGGGAGUACCCGCAGCUCUUCCAAAACAACGGAACCACAUCACUGCCCUCGGUGCGGGUGUAG